AUGAAAAAUAAUAAAAUUGAGGAGGAAAACAAAGAUAGAGAGAUUUUGGAUGUAUUCAGAAAGGUGACAGUGAAUAUUCCACUACUUAAUAUCAUUAAGAAGGUACCGAAAUACGCAAAAUUUAAGAAAGAUUUGUGCACACAUAAGAGGAGGCUUACCGGAAAUGAGAGAGUAAAUUUGGGACGAAAUGUUUUGGCCCUUAUUCAGCCUAACACUUCACCUACCAACUCAGCCCUCACUCAAGACAUGCCACAAAAGUGCAAGGAUCUAGGGAAUUUUGCUAUUCUUUGUACCAUUGGGGAUAGUAAAUUCAAAAAUCGCAUGCUUGAUUUAGGAGCGGACAUUAGUGUGAUUCCUACUUCCAUGUAUAAUAAUCUUGAUGUUGGUCCUUUGCAGCAUACAUGUUUAAUCGUUCAACUGGCGAACAUAAGCAAUGCCCGCCCCGCCGGAGUAGUGGAAGAUGUGCUUGUUCAAGUUAAUGACUUAAUUUUUCUUGCAAACUUUUGCAUUCUGGACAUGUAUGGAGAAACAAAUUCCAACAAAUCACCAAUCAUUUUGGGCAGAGCGUUCAUGAAAACAGCUAAAACAAAAGUUGAUGUUGACGAUGGAACCAUGUCCAUGGAAUUUGGUGACGUUGUUGCUAAGUUUAACAUUUUUGAUGCUAUGAAACAUCCCUUGGAAGAGCAUUCUUUUUUUCAAAUAAACUUUAUUUCUCAAGUUGUUGAUGAAACUUAUUUUGAUUUGUUUUCAGCUAAUUUUCCAACAUUUUAUGAUUUUGAUGAUAUUUACUCAUGUGAUGAUUAUACUAACACUAAACUUUGUAGUGUUUAUGCUGAGAUUGAUGUUGCCUUGCAGGGUGACAAUGUAAAUGAAGCUGUUUAUAUAGAUGAAGCUCUUGACAUCUCGACUGCCCCAAAUAUACCGUCCAUUGAACAACCACCUUCUUUAGAGCCUAAACCACUUCCUGAGGAUUUAUAUUAUUCAUUAAAGCUUCAACUUGAGCAGGAACAUAAGAAGCGAAUUAGAUAG